GACAAUUAAAUACACUGUUUAAAUACAUUUGCUGACAUAAAAAAUAACCAGUGGAUAUACUGUUGGCUUGUCAUAACUUAAAUGUGAGGUAACAGAUUUUGACUAAUGUUCAUGACACACAAAUCAGAAGACACAUCCUGUUAAUGUUAAACAACGUGAAGAACGAUAUUGUGCACAGUGUGAAGGCAUGAGCUAUAAAAUGCAUUCAGCCAUCGAAACCUGUAGCCUAUAGGACAGGACAGACUUUGGCUGCAGGCCACUGGAAGUCUGUUAUAAAUUUGUUAGCUUACUUACUCAGAAAUUGUCACUCCUUUCUCUUACUUUCACACUAUUUAAACAUAAAUAUUGUAAAUAUGUCUAUAUCUGGUGUAGUUUAAUUUACCCCACGUUGCUGUUUUAACAGUAAACAGUAAAUAAAUCUUCAACAGUAUCAUUCCAGGCUGCUGCUUCUAGUUAUGAUUUUCCACCAGGUAUCCGUCUGGGGUGGAUCCCAUGAUAUAUUAGGCUGCAUGGUGUUUAUCUUUUGUGACCUUUACAUCUGGUAAAACGUUGGGAUUCUCUGGAUGCAUUCCUCUGUGCUCAUGAAUCGGGGCUGGAGCUCACAAUCUAUGACUGCUGGUUGUUUCACAAUUUCACAACAUGCAAAGGAAAAAUGGUCAGAUUGGUCAGAUUUAGGUGAUGAAUAGGUGUACCUCAACUACACCAGAAUGUAGUUAUUUUUUAAUGUGUGGUCUCAUAUCUAGUGGUAGAUAUAAGUAUGUAACUUUAUUAUGAUGUAAACCCUAAGUGGCUUUUAGGCCAGAGAUAACUGUGUUCGUUUUUCUGCAUUCUCUAUUUUGUACACCUAAUACUGCUUUAAAUGCAUUAUGUUUCACCUGAGUAGUUUCACCGUUUUCUGUAACACAUUUAACAUUUAGAAAUUAGUAAGAAAUGGUGUGUUAAAUGUCCCUAGAUGCGCAUCAAACGCAUUUUUCUUGUAGAGGCUGGUAUUUGUUCACAAUAUAUAUUUCUUAUUUAAUCUUACGAUUUAUGCUAUGAUACUGAUAUUGCAUAAGUUUUGUCAGUAGUACGGGUUGUUUUCAUGAGAGUUUGUAUGUAGUUUUAUUGAUGAAAAGACCUUUCACCGUCAUAAGACUGGCCGUCUUACAUUAAUAUGCACUGCGUCGAUAAACAGAGGCUCAUUCCCAGCCGUAACAUUAUUCACUUUUUGCACACUACCCACUCAUGGUGACUCUGCUAACAGCUAGUGUCCGUGUGUGCCACGAAAACAAGCGCGGACACCGUGAGGAAAAACAGAACGGGCUAGUGAACUUCUUUAUUCCAGACUGCAGCCGGUGUUGUGUUUGACUGGACAUAAAACUGAAAACAGAAGUGGCAGAGUCACGUUAGUCUCGUCCGACAAUGAUUCAGCGAGUCAUUCUGCUUUCCUGCUGCUCGGCUAGCUGUUGCUAGCUCAACAGCUAGCGCGUGUUAUAGCAGUGUCUCUGGGAAUCCAGGUUGGGACUCUCGACCACCGCAAAGUGUGGUGUGUCUUUUCAAGGUAACGUCUCCAGAACAUGCUGUUAAGCGGGUGUUGCCAAAUUCUUUUUUGUGAGCGAUAAAAGGAAACAUUGACAAUGAAGGUCGACAGAAGCAAACUGAAGAAAACUCCUACAGAAGCUCCUGCUGACUGCAGGAUACUUAUAGAGAAGCUCAAGUCAUGUAGUGAUGAGCAACUAUUAGUUGAACUACAACACAUCAAGACAUGGAAUAUUGGCAAGUGCGAACUGUACCAUUGGGUGGAUCUGCUGGACCGCUUUGAUGGCAUCCUUUGUGACGCAGGCCAGACAGUGGAGAAUAUGUCAUGGCUGCUGGUGUGUGACCGUCCAGACAAUGGACAGCUCAAAGCCCUGCUGCUUGCAGUGCUUAACUUCACAGCCCUCCUAAUUGAAUAUAGCUUCUCUAGGCAUCUCUACAGCUCCAUAGAGCACUUAACCACCUUGUUAGCGUCAUGUGACAUGCAGGUGGUCCUGUCUGUGCUAAACCUGCUGUAUGUGUUCAGUAAGCGCUCUAACUACAUCACAAGACUGGGAUCAGACAAAAGAACACCUCUAUUGGCUCGUCUGCAGCACCUGGCUGAGAGUUGGGGAGGAAAGGAAAAUGGCUUUGGUCUGGCUGAGUGCUGUAGGGAUUUGCUAAUGACGAAGUACCCUCCAAGUGCCACCACACUGCACUUUGAGUUUUAUGCUGAACCAGGCCCUGGCCCUGAAGUCAAAGUAGACAAGAAGACAAGUAGUAACACACUACAUUAUAUUCACAUUGAACAGCUUGACAAGAUUUCAGAGAGCCCAUCUGAGAUCAUGGAGUCACUUACAGUGAUGUACAACAUCCCUAAAGACAAACAAACCCUGCUGUUCACUCACAUCCGUCUGGCCCAUGGUUUUUCAAACCACAAGAAAAGGUUGCAGGCUGUGCAGGCUCGACUGCAUGCUAUCUCUAUACUGGUGUAUUCAAAUGCACUCCAAGAGUCAGCCAACAGUAUUCUGUAUAAUGGCUUGAUAGAGGAGCUGGUGGACGUAUUGCAAAUUACGGACAAGCAGCUUGUGGAUAUCAAGGCAGCAUCUUUGCGCACUUUAACCUCGAUUGUCCAUCUGGAAAGGACACCCAAACUUUCCAACAUCAUUGACUGCACUGGCACUGCUUCCUACCAUGGCUUCUUACCUGUGUUGGUUCGAAACUGUAUACAGGCAAUGAUAGACCCUUUAAUGGAACCAUACCCACACCAAUUUGCCACUGCGCUAUUUUCAUUCCUGUACCAUCUGGCCAGCUAUGAUGCUGGAGGGGAAGCUCUUGUCUCCUGUGGUAUGAUGGAAGCCCUAUUAAAGGUCAUUAAGUUCCUUGGUGAUGAGCAGGACCAGAUCACCUUUGUGACGAGAGCAGUGCGGGUUGUGGACCUCAUCACCAACCUUGAUAUGGCUGCCUUUCAGUCCCACAGUGGCCUUUCCAUUUUCAUCUGUAGGCUAGAGCAUGAGGUGGACCUGUCAAGGAAAGAGGGCCCCUUUGUCAUCAAGCCAAAGAUUCAGAGGCCAAGUGCAGCUGUGGAGUCUGAAGACAUGGACACAGACAUGGAGAUGUCAGAAGUUUCCAUGGAAAGCAGCCCUGGACCGUCAACAUCCUCUGGUGCCAGACCUGAGGGAGAUCAUCGGGCACAGAGCAGCACUUCUAACACCCAUACACCUCGCCCAGGUAUGCAGUGUAUCCCCCAGAGGGCAGCUCUGUUAAAGUCGAUGCUAAAUUUCUUGAAGAAAGCCAUCCCGGAUCCUUCAUUUUCUGAUGGCAUCCGUCAUGUUAUGGAUGGGUCCCUGCCUACCUCACUCAAGCACAUCAUCAGUAAUGCAGAAUAUUAUGGACCUUCACUCUUUCUCUUAGCGACAGAGGUCGUGACCGUGUUUGUGUUCCAGGAGCCCUCCCUGCUUUCUUCUCUACAGGAUAAUGGUCUCACUGAUGUCAUGCUGCAUGCCCUUCUCAUCAAAGAUGUUCCUGCAACUCGUGAGGUGUUAGGUUCUCUGCCUAAUGUGUUCAGCGCUCUUUGCCUGAACGCACGAGGUCUGCACUCCUUUGUUCAGUGCCAGCCAUUUGAGCGCCUCUUCAAAGUGCUUUUGUCACCUGACUACCUGCCUGCUAUGCGCCGACGACGCAGCUCUGACCCUUUAGGUGACACAGCAUCCAACUUAGGCAGUGCUGUGGAUGAACUUAUGAGACACCAACCGACUCUGAAAACUGAUGCUACCACUGCCAUCAUUAAGUUGCUGGAGGAGAUCUGCAACCUGGGUCGAGCCCCAGAGUACAUCUGCCAGAAACCAUCCAUCCAGAAAGCAGAUGGCACUGUAGCUGUCCCACCAGCACGGUCCAGCCAUGCUGCAGAAGAAGCGUCAAGUGAGGAUGAAGAAGAAGAGGAGGCUCUCCACACAUUCACCCAGCAACAAGGAGAACCAGAGAGCAACAGACAGGUGGUUGGAACUGAAGAACGUAUACCUAUACCUUUAAUGGACUACAUUUUAAAUGUGAUGAAGUUUGUGGAGUCCAUAUUGAGCAACAACACCACAGAUGACCACUGUCAGGAGUUUGUCAAUCAGAAGGGGCUGCUCCCUUUAGUCUCCAUUUUGGGCUUACCCAACUUGCCCAUCGACUUCCCCACUUCUGCUGCCUGUCAAGCUGUGGCUGGUGUCUGCAAGUCCAUAUUGACUCUGUCACAUGAACCCAAAGUACUUCAGGAAGGCUUAUGCCAACUGGACAGUAUUCUGACCUCUCUUGAGCCACUCCAUCGACCCAUCGAGGUGCCUGGUGGAUCUGUGCUUCUCAGAGAGCUGGCUAAUGCAGGUCACGUCACUGAUGCCACGUUGUCUGCCCACGCCACACCUCUUCUCCAUGCACUUACGGCAGCGCAUGCCUACAUCCUCAUGUUUGUCCACACCUGCAGAGUUGGACAGAGUGAAAUUCGAGCAAUUUCAGUCAACCAAUGGGGCUCCCAGCUUGGCCUGAGUGUUCUUAACAAGCUCAGUCAGCUCUACUGCUCUCUGGUGUGGGAGAGCACAGUGUUGCUGUCCCUGUGUACACCCAACAGCCUUCCACCAGGGUGUGAAUUUGGCCAGGCUGACAUGCAGAAACUGGUGCCUAAAGAGGAGAAGCCAUCUGGCAGCACUGCAGCAGCCACUGCCUCUGGUUCCAGAAGAACUGCAGAGUCUGAUGCAGCCUCAGUAGAUUCUUCUGCCAGUGGGUUGCUGGAAGGCAUGGGUCUGGAUGGGGACACUUUAGCUCCCAUGGAGACUGAUGAACCCACUGCAACAGAUCCUAAGGCCAAGUCCAAACUUACACCAGCUAUGGCCACUCGCAUCAAGCAGAUCAAACCUCUGCUCUCUGCUUCAUCUCGAUUAGGCAGAGCCCUAGCUGAACUCUUUGGCCUGCUGGUGAAGCUUUGUGUGGGCUCUCCAGUUCGCCAACGUCGCUCCCACCACGCCACAAGCACAGGAACUACACCGACACCUGCUGCCCGGGCCACUGCCUCUGCUCUCACCAAGUUGCUCACUAAGGGACUAAGUUGGCUACCACCGCCCUACACACCUACCCCUCGAUUUAGGUUGACAUUCUUCAUCUGCUCAGUGGGUUUUACAUCUCCCAUGUUGUUUGAUGAGAGAAAAUACCCAUACCAUCUCAUGCUGCAGAAGUUCUUUUGCUCAGGAGGACACGAUGCCUUAUUUGAAACAUUCAACUGGGCCCUGACUAUGGGUGGAAAAGUGCCAGUGUCUGAGGGUCUGGAACAUGCUGAUCUGCCAGAUGGAACAGGGGAAUUUCUUGAUGCCUGGUUGAUGCUGGUGGAGAAGAUGGUGAACCCAAGCACUGUGCUAGACUCACCUCACUCUCUACCAGCAAAAAUGCCUGGAGUCACACCAUCAGUGCCCCAGUUCAGUGCACUCCGGUUCCUCAUAGUCACUCAGAAGGCUGCAUUCAGCUGCAUUCGCAGCCUAUGGAACAGGAAGCCCCUUAAAGUGUAUGGGGGCAGAAUGGCUGAGUCAAUGCUGGCUAUACUCUGCCACAUCCUGAGAGGGGAGCCAGUCAUUCAGGAGCGCCUGGCCAAGGAGAGAGAGGGUACAGUGCGUGCAGAUGAGGAAGCAGCGCCUGCUAGUUCUUUAGGGCCCACUGUGGCUCCGGGAGCACCACCAGCAGGUGGAGAUGCGCAGCCAGCCGCUAGGACAAGUUCUGGAGGAACAGCAGGAGGAGCCGCUGAUGAUUCAAGCAGCUCCACUCCCCGCCGUGAACCACAGGUCAACCAGUCUCAGCUCACACAGUUAAUGGAUAUGGGCUUCUCAAGAGAACAUGCCAUGGAGGCCUUAUUGAACACAAGCACCAUGGAGCAGGCCACAGAAUAUUUACUAACCCACCCUCCCCCACUUCUUGGUGGUGCUGUGAGAGAUCUCAGUAUGUCUGAAGAGGAUCAGAUGAUGAGGGCCAUUGCCAUGUCACUCGGACAAGAAGUCACCAUGGAGCAGCGCUCUGAUUCUCCUGAGGAAGCAGCACGUCGACGCGAAGAGGAGGACCGGAGAGCAAGGGAGCGAGCAGAAGAGGAGGAGGCCCGCUGCUUGGAAAGAUUUAUGGAGGCAGAGCCACUAGAUCCUCAGGAGCUUCACACCUUCACAGACUCAAUGCUGCCUGGAUGCUUCCAUCUCCUGGAUGAACUACCUGAUACAGUCUACAGACUCUGUGAUUUGCUGAUGACUGCCAUUAAAAGAAGUGGCCCUGAGUACAGAGAUUUAAUCCUUGGCCAGGUUGUUCACCAGGUGUGGGAGGCAGCCGACGUUCUGAUCAAGGCGGCUGAACCCCUAACAACCAGUGACACUAAGACAGUGUCUGAGUGGACCAGACAGAUGGCCACACUGCCACAGGCUUCCAAACUGGCAACAAGAAUUCUGCUGCUCACGUUGCUCUUUGAGGAGCUGAAACUGUUGGGUGCAAGAGUUGUGGAGAACAGUGGAAUUCUUAAUCUGCUAAUAAAGUUGCUUGAGGUUGUACAACCCUGCCUGCAGGCUGCAAAAGAACAGAAAGACAUUCAGACACCAAAGUGGAUCACACCAGUUUUGUUGAUUAUUGACUUCUACGAGAAAAUGGCAGUCUCUUCAAAGCGCAGAGAACAAAUGAACAAGUAUCUGCAGCCUAAUGGGAAUAACUGGCGUUGGUUUGAUGACCGCUCCGGUCGUUGGUGCAGUUACAGCGCGUCAAACAACAGCACUAUUGACUCAGCGUGGAGGGCUGGGGAGACCAGUGUCCGCUUUACAGCUGGGCGCCGGAGAUACACUGUGCAGUUUAACACAAUGGUGCAGGUCAACGAGGAGACGGGUAACAGGAGGCCAGUUAUGCUGAACGUCCAAAGAGUUCCACGUUUGCCCAAACCUGUCAAGACUGGCAGCAUAACAGACUCUGAGAGAGAAGAGACGGACAGAGGCAAAGCAGAGGAAACCCAGACCGACCUUGAGUUUGGGUCCACCACUCUUCCAAUAAGCACUCCAAAGCGGGAUUCCAGCCAGCUAAAAGAAACAACCUCAGGCCCCUCAUCCUCCUUGGAGUCAGAUUAUUCACAGGGCUCUGAUAUUGUUGUAAAAGGCCUGUCAGAGGACAUGACCACCGUCCUCAUACGGGCCUGUGUCAGCAUGAUUAGUGUCCCUGUGGAUCCCGACACUCUCCAUGCCACACUGCGUCUCUGUUUGCGCCUAACACGCAACCAUCACUACGCUAUGAUGUUUGCGGAGUUGAAGAGCACACGGAUGCUUCUAGGGCUGACUCAGAGCUCUGGUUUUAAUGGCUUCACUCCACUUGUUACUCUUCUCUUCAGACACAUCAUAGAGGAUCCUGCCACACUGAGACACACAAUGGAAAAGGUUGUAAGGUCCGCAGUGACCAGUGGAGCAGGCAGUACAACGUCAGGAGUGGUGUCAGGCAGCCUUGGUUCCAGAGAAAUCAACUAUAUUCUUCGUGUUCUGGGCCCUGCAGCCUGCCGUAACCCUGAAUGUUUUGCAGAAACUGCUAGCAAUUGCGUUCGCAUUGCCUUGCCCGCACCACGCGGAGCUGGAACUGCAUCUGAUGAUGAGUUUGAGAACCUUCGUAUUAAGGGGCCCAAUGCGGCUCAGCUAGUAAAGACAACUCCCCUCAAACUCUCACCUUUACCAACUAUUCCUGACACAAUAAAGGAGGUCAUUUAUGACAUGCUGAAUGCUCUGGCUGCCUACCAUGCUCCAGAAGAACCGGAGCGUCCAGAAGAACGGGCAGCUGCAGUUCCUGGUGCUCAAGACCUGUGUCAGAUACUGCAGGAUGUUGGUGAUGAUGUUUACCAACAAUACCGUCUUACCCGUCAGGGCAGUGACUUUGACUCCCAGUCUGCAUUCCACAUAAAUACUCGGGUGUUUGCUGCUGAUGGAGCUGUGGCUGAGACUUCACAAUCCGGUACACCACAAGGAGAAGCCUCAACACCAGAAGAGAUGCGGGAAGAGAAAAAGGACCAGGAGGGAGAGAAGGCCACCAGUUCAGAAGAGAGUAAAGCAGCUAAAGUGAAGGCCAGCAAACCUCUGAUGCCAACUUCCACCAUUCUGAGACUACUGGCUGAACUGGUGCGCUCCUAUGUGGGCAUUGCCACCUUAAUUGCCUCCUACUGCUACACUGCUGGACAGUCGGAGCUCAUUAAGGAGGACUGCAGUGUUUUAGCCUUUGUGCUUGAUCACUUGCUGCCCCAUACCCAAAACUCGGAGGACAAGGACACGCCAGCCCUCGCACGUCUCUUCCUUGCCAGCCUGGCAGCUGCUGGCACUGGCACUGAUGCCCAGGUGGCACUUGUCAAUGAAGUAAAGGCUGCACUCAGUAGAGCGCUAGCCAUGGCAGAAGGAGCUGAAAAACAUGCCAGGCUUCAGGCGGUCAUGUGCAUAAUCAGCACCAUCAUGGAAUCCUGUCCCUCCACCUCCAGUUUCUACAGCACAGCAGCAGCCAAAACACAACACAAUGGCAUGAACAAUAUCAUCAGGCUUUUUCUUAAGAAGGGACUGGUUAAUGACUUGGCUCGUGUACCUCACAGCUUAGAUUUAUCCAGUCCCAACAUGGCCAACACAGUGAAUGCUGCUUUGAAGCCUCUGGGGACAUCUUCCCCCAUUGUUAACCCACCAAGCAGUCUGUUUGGUGGCAAAGGAGGUUCUAGCAAGAAUAAGACUGAACAUGAUACAGUGGGAACUGCAAGGGACAGUAACAGCAACACUCAGGACCAAGGAGAGUCUGGUGAGGCAGAGCCAGUGGAGGGCAACCACAGAGUGCAGGGAACAGAUACCGACCUGAUGGAUGGAGAAGCAGAAGGGGACACCGUGGUCAUUGCUGGUCAGCCAGAAGUUCUCAGUACGCAGGCUAUGCAGGUAGAAAAUGAGUUGGUGGAUCUGAUCGAUGAGCUCCUGGAAAGAGAUGGUGGAACAGUCAACAGUACAAUUAUAGUUGGCCGCAGUGCAGAAGAUGAAUCACAAGAAGAUGUUUUGAUGGACGAGGCUCCUUCCAACCUCAGUCAGGCCUCCACUCUUCAGGCUAACCGAGAAGACUCUAUGAAUAUACUGGAACCAGAGGAUGAGGAGCACACACAGGAGGAAGAUUCAAGUGGCAGCAAUGAUGAUGAAGACAGUCAGGAUGAAGAAGAGGAAGAAGAAGAGGAGGAAGAAGAGGAUCAGGAUGAUGAGGAGGGUGAUGAGGAUGAUGAUGAUGAAGGUUCAGACAUGGAGUUGGACGAAGAUUUUCCAGACAUCAAUGCUGCACCUCAUAUUAGGUUUGAGAGGUUUGAUCGAGAUGAUGACCUCAUCAUAGAGUUUGACAACAUGUUCUCUAAUAAUGCUGACAUCCCUCCCUCCCCCGGCAACAUCCCCAGCUCCCACCCACUGAUGGUGCGCCAUGCUGAUCACGGUUCCCUCACCUUAGGUGUGGCGGGCACAGGCAGCCGCCUUGCGCAGGGUAUGGGUCGCAGUCAGCGAACACUGCGACAGCUCACUGCCAACAGUGGACACACCAUCCAUGUCCACUACCCUGGAAACCGCCAGCCAAACCCACCGCUUAUUUUGCAAAGGUUGUUGGGUCCCAGUGCUGCAGCAGACAUAUUACAGCUGUCCAGCUCUCUGCCUCUUCAGUCUAGAGGACGUGCCCGUCUUUUAGUUGGAAAUGAAGAUGUCCACAUCAUCGCCCGCUCUGAUGACGAAUUGUUGGAUGAUUUUUUCCAUGAGCAGAGCAGUACUGGUGGGCAAGCAGGUACACUCUCUAGUAUUCCCACUGCCUUAACCAGAUGGACAGAUGAGUGUAAGGUCCUGGAUGCUGAGAGUAUGCAUGACUGUGUAGCAGUCGUGAAAGUUCCCAUCUUGCAACAUUUGGAAAAUCUGAGGGAUGAGGAAUUGGAAGAGCGCAGAGAGAAGAGGAGAAGGCAGCUGGCUGAGGAGGAGGAGUCGAAACAAAAUGAUAGGAGGGCCUCUGGAGCAGAACAGGCCAGAGAGCAAAGUCUGCAGGUUUCCAGUUUGGGGACAAUUAAUGGAACAGAAAACACUGCAGAGGGUGAGCAGGCUCAAGGUGGUACAGUAUCAUGUCUGGAACCUCCCAGGGUUUCCGAAGGUUUCCUCACUGCUCCCCCAUCUGGAGAGGUCACUCCCACCACGCCUGCUCCUCAUGAACAGGCUCUAGUCUCUCUGGAGACUGCCAUCAGUCAGCAAGUCCACCAGCCGAUUGCUGACCUGCUGUUGGCCGAGCCACAUGCCAGUCCUUUGGUUGCUCUGGCCGGGGCUGGCCUUCCAUCUUUGUCAGGACCCGACAGGCCAAACAGCGAGGCAGAGGCAUCUCAGAUGGAAAUGUCUCCAGCACCCACAAUCGGUGAGCGAGCCGCUGGAGGAGGUGGAAGUGGUGGUGGAGGAGGAGGAGCAUUGGAUAAAGGCAGGGAAGCUUCCCUCAGUCCAGACCUUGUGGAGACUGCAGAGCCUGCGGUGGUAGGUGUGUCACAGCUGGAAGGUUCACCUAUGGAUACUAGCAGUCCUGCGUCUGCCACUCAGGAGGAAGCUGCUCCGGUCCCUCAACAGACCACACAGCUCUCUCAGGAGCUCUCUGGGAGUGGGGAAAGUGGAUUAACAGACAGACAGACAGAUGCAGAGACUGGCUCCACCUCUGUCUCAUCGCCUGGGGAGACGAUGCCCAGGAGUGACAGUGCCGACAGCCAGUCUCAGGCCAUACAGGAAGAGCCUCUCCCAUCCACCAGCAAUGAUGAGGAGGACCCACUUGCAGGCAUAAGUCUGCCAGAAGGUGUGGAUCCUUCUUUCCUGGCAGCUCUUCCUGAGGACAUUCGGCGAGAGGUUCUGCAAAACCAGCUUGGAAUCAGACCGCCUGCCCGUCCUCCUGCUGCCAACAGCCUGCCGUCCUCUACUCCACCUGUAGUUGGAGGACCAGGAGUUACUGAAGUCAGCCCUGAGUUCCUGGCAGCUCUGCCCCCUGCCAUUCAGGAGGAGGUUCUUGCCCAGCAGCGAGCAGAACAGCAGCGAAGGGAGCUAUCACAGCAGCCACCACAUGGGGACACUCCUCUGGAUCCAGUCACUUUCAUCCAGACUCUACCCUCAGAACUCAGACGUAGUGUCCUGGAGGACAUGGAGGACAGCGUGUUGGCUGUCAUGCCCCCGGACAUCGCUGCUGAAGCUGCUGCACUGCGUAGAGAGCAAGAAGCACGUCAAAGGCAACUGAUGCACGAGAGGCUGUUUGGUCACAGCUCAUCUUCAGCCCUGUCGGCUAUAUUGCGCUCACCCGCCUUUACCAGUCGACUGGGGAGCAAUCGUGGCGUUCAGUACACUCGACUGGCUGUGCAGAGAGGAGGCACGUUUCAGAUGGGAGGUGGAACAAACCACAGACCAUCCAGUUCAAGUGUGGACUCCUUACUGCGUCUGCGUGGCCGAUUGCUGCUGGACCAUGAGGCUUUGUCCUGCCUGUUGGUUUUACUAUUUGUGGAUGAACCGAAGCUCAACACCAGCCGUCUGCACCGUGUGCUCAGGAACCUCUGUUACCACUCUCAGACAAGGGGAUGGGUCAUUCGCAGCCUGUUGUCCAUCCUCCAACGCAGUAGUGAAAGUGAAGUGUGUGUGGAGACCUCACGUCUAGAAGACCCUCGAGGCAAGAGAAGCAACCAGGGAAGCUGUGGAGGAAAGGGAUCAGGGUCCUCCUCCCUGUCCUCUUCCUCCCCCUGCUCCUCUUCAUCAUCAUCGUCCUCCUUAGAGCUACUGAAUAGAGUGGAAUCUCGCAGUUCUAGCCAGCUUUCUUGGCUCUCUGUGUCAAUGGAUGCGGCUUUAGGCUGCAGGACAAACAUUUUCCAGAUUCAGAGAGUGUCAGGUCGGAAACAUGCAGACCGGCAUUCAGCUGGAGGCUCUUCAGGCUCUGGAACACUAGGAGGGGUGUCAGGACCUGCUACAGGUGUGGCAUGUGGUGGAGGCUCAACUGUUCACAUCCAUCCACAGGCUGCUCCAGUUGUCUGUCGGCAUGUGUUGGACACACUCAUCCAGCUGGCUAAGGUGUUUCCCAGCCACUUCACUCAGCAGCGGUGUAAAGAUCUGUUAACGCCAUCUUCUGACCUCGACUCCCGUCUUUGUUCUGGCCCCUCCAGUGGAGGUGGAAGUUCCAGGUCAGCAUCACAGUCUCAAAGCAAUCCUAGCUCCAACUCCUCUACCACACAGAACUCCUUUGGCUCCUCUUCAGUUACUCCCCAGUCUCUGGGUAUUUCCACUGAUUUCUGGGACCUGCUGGUGAAACUGGACAACAUGAAUGUCAGUCGCAAGGGAAAGGCCUCUAUGAAGACGGUGCCUCUUGGGGGCAGUGCUGAAGCCGAGGGUGCCCAGUUGAGCCUUGAGACCUCUCCCCUGGGCCAGCUGAUGAACAUGCUGUCCCAUCCAGUGAUCAGACGGAGCUCCCUGCUCACUGAAAAGCUGCUGCGCCUUCUUUCUCUAAUUUCCAUUGCUCUGCCUGACAACAAGGCCACCGAGGUGCCUGCUGCACACCCUACUCCUCAGGCUGCCACGUCCACUGUGGCAACCAGUUCAGGUCCAACAGUUACAACACAGGUUGUAGUGUCGACCCAGCCAGUUGUUCCAGGUCCAGGGGUGUCUGUAGUAGCUGCUACACCAACGUCAUCCUCAGACAGUUUAACAUCCUCUCAGACCUCCUCCACAACGAUCUCUAUACCUACAUUCACUGGAAUCAUUCCUACAGGGAAACAACGGGUUUCUUCUACCAGUUCAGAGUUUGACAAGAUGGCUUCAAGUGGACUGACAGAGAAACAGCUCCAGUUGUCUGUGGAGGUGUUGACAUCACACUCAUGUUCAGAAGAGGGUUUAGAGGAUGCAGCAAACAUUCUGUUGCAGCUCUCCAGAGGAGACGGCUCCACCAGAGACACUGUGCUUAGACUGCUGCUCAGUGGUGCGAGACAUCUUGGAUACACUCUUUGCAAACAGAUUGGCACGUUAUUGGCUGAACUUCGAGAGUACAACUUGGAGCAGCAGAGACGAGCACAUGCUGAAUCACACUCCCCUGAUGCUCCGUCUGAGGAUUCCUCCAUCUCCGCAAGACUCAAGGGCAAGAUGACUAGCAGGUUUGAUGGGUCGGAAAGUGUAGUGAUUGUAGCUGCACAGAAGCGCACUCUAGGUGGACGUGAGCUUCAGCUUCCCUGUAUGAGCUCACUCACUUCUAAGACGUCUACACAAAAGUUUUUCUUGAGAGUGCUGCAGGUCAUUAUCCAACUUCGUGAGGAUACACGUCGUGCCAACAAGAAAGCCAAACAGCCUGGACGAUUAGGCUCCUCCAGUUUGGGCUCAAACAGCAGCAUUCAGGCUGCAGUCCGUCAACUGGAGGCUGAAGCCGACGCCAUUAUCCAGAUGGUGAGAGAGGGUCAACGAGCACGCCGGCUCCAACAGGCACCCUUACCCCCCGCCUCUGCCGCCGCCGCUGCUGCCACUGCUGUUGUCACUGCUGCCGUCACCGCUACAGGAUCUACAGUUGCUGUUCCCCAUACUCCCGCUGGUGCUGCUCCCCCUGCUGGCACAGCUGCUGCUGCCACGUCCGAGGUGCCGUCAUUAACAGAAGCUCAGGGAGCCCAGAGAGACGACACCCCAAUGGACGUGGACCAGCCGUCUCCUUUGGACCAGGAUCCUGCACCUCUUGAUGAUGAAGGAAACAGCCAGUCAGAAAGUGAAGAGAGGCUUCCUGACCUGCCUCUUCUCAGUGAGCAGCUUCUGUUGGAUGAACUGUGGGACAUGCUUGGAGAGUGCCUGAAGGAGCUGGAGGAGUCUCACGACCAGCAUGCUGUACUGGUUCUCCAACCUGCUGUGGAGGCCUUCUUCCUCGUCCACGCCACAGAGCGAGAGAGCAAACCUCCUGUCAGGGACACGAGGGAGAGCCAACUUUCUCACAUUAAAGACGAACCUCCACCACUUUCCCCAGCCCCUCUUACACCUGCCACACCUUCAUCUUUGGACCCAUUCUUUUCAAGAGAACCUUCCUCCAUGCACAUCUCUUCCAAUCUUCCACCUGACACACAAAAAUUCCUCAGAUUUGCUGAAACCCACCGCACUGUGUUGAACCAGAUCCUGCGACAGUCCACCACUCACUUGGCUGAUGGACCCUUUGCAGUCCUGGUUGAUUACAUUAGGAUCCUCGACUUCGAUGUUAAGAGGAAAUAUUUCCGUCAGGAGUUAGAACGCCUCGAUGAAGGCCUGAGAAAGGAGGACAUGGCUGUGCACGUGCGCAGAGAUCACGUGUUUGAGGACUCUUACAGGGAGCUGCAUCGCAAGAGCCCAGAGGACAUGAAAAACAGACUGUACAUUGUAUUUGAAGGAGAGGAGGGCCAGGAUGCUGGUGGUUUGCUGAGGGAGUGGUACAUGAUCAUCUCCCGGGAGAUGUUCAACCCCAUGUACGCUCUGUUCCGUACCUCACCCGGUGACCGCGUCACAUACACCAUCAACCCCUCAUCUCACUGCAACCCCAACCACCUCAGUUACUUCAAGUUUGUGGGUCGCGUGGUGGCCAAGGCGGUUUACGACAACCGGUUAUUGGAAUGCUACUUCACGCGCAGCUUCUACAAACACAUCCUGGGCAAAAGUGUCAGGUACACAGACAUGGAGAGUGAGGACUACCCCUUUUUCCAGGGUCUGGUGUACUUGUUGGAGAAUGAUGUGUCAACUCUGGGCUAUGAGCUGACAUUCAGCACUGAGGUCCAGGAGUUUGGGGUCUGUGAAGUCCGAGACCUCAAGCCAAAUGGAGCCAAUAUCCUGGUAACAGAGGAAAACAAGAAAGAGUACGUGCACCUGGUUUGCCAGAUGAAGAUGACUGGUGCAAUCCGUAAGCAGCUGGCAGCCUUCCUCGAGGGAUUCUACGAGAUCAUCCCCAAGAGGCUGAUCUCCAUCUUCACUGAGCAGGAGCUGGAGCUGCUCAUCUCUGGUCUGCCUACGAUCGACAUCGAUGACCUGAAGGCCAACACGGAAUAUCACAAGUACCAGUCGAGCUCCAUCCAGAUCCAGUGGUUCUGGAGAGCUUUACGGUCCUUUGACCAAGCAGACCGGGCCAAGUUCCUACAGUUUGUCACAGGUACAUCUAAAGUUCCCCUGCAGGGCUUCGCUGCCCUCGAGGGCAUGAACGGCAUCCAGAAGUUCCAGAUUCACCGUGACGAUCGUUCCACUGACCGCCUGCCAUCUGCUCAUACCUGCUUUAACCAGCUGGACCUUCCAGCCUACGAGAGCUACGAGAAGCUGAGACAUAUGCUGCUGUUGGCCAUCCAGGAAUGCUCGGAGGGAUUCGGACUAGCUUAAACUAUGAGACUCCUAACACAGUCAGACAUGCGUACAGGCGGUCGUCUUAGGUUUGCCGAGUCCUGACACAGUUGACACUGAUAACACUCAACACAAUUAUCCUAGUCACCUACUGGACUGACCGGUCCAAUGGUCUGGACUUACUGGUUUCUUUUCCAUGUAAAACAGAAACAACCGGCGAGUGAACACAGACUGAUUGACAUAGCUUACAACAUGGAGAGCCUCACGGUGACACCACUGUGUGUGUGUGUUUGUGUGUGCGCGUGUGUGUCUCCCUUUCCAAUUUAAUGACAAAUGCAAGAGUGGAAUUCAGAGGAUAAACCAUGGACUAAUAUAAAAGACGUUUCCUUCAUUUAGUUUGAUUUCUCUGUACAAAAGGUUUGGGAGUUUAAUAUGUUUAAUCUUUUUUUUUUUUUUUUGUUCUCUGGUUGUGUAAAAAGAAAAAAAGAGGAUGUUGUUUGAACAGGAUGGUUAUAAAACCUUUGGGGACAAAAAAUGUUGCUGUUUCCUUGUUGCUAAAUUGUGACCUCACAAGCCUUGAGGACGGGGAACAUUUUUAUGCGGGGUGUGUGGACAACAAGAGAAGUUUUGGAGAUAACUCACAAAAAAUGCACUUUUCAAACGUUUUGUGGCAUUUUUAAGGAAGGAUGGUACAAAUAAUGAAGAGGAAGAAGCCUGAAGGUGAUAAAAGACAUUAACCAUAAAGUCUAGAGUAUUUUUGGCUAUUAAAACGCUGACCCAGCCUUGAGCCUUUGAAUCGGAGUGAAAUAACUACAUGAAUAAAUGCAUAAAAUUGCG